AUGCCAGUGAGCUUCUCCACGGCCUUGCGUGUUUUGGGGACCAGCCUCUUUGCCCUGGCGGUGCUGGGAGGCAUCCUCGCUGCCUACGUCACAGGCUACCAGUUCAUCCACACCGAAAAGCACUACCUCUCCUUCGGCCUCUAUGGGGCCAUCCUUGGCCUCCACCUCUUCAUCCAGAGCCUCUUCGCCUUCAUGGAGCACAGGCGCAUGCGGCUGGAGGAGCGCGGCCCCCAUCCCUGCCACCCCCACCGCCGCCCGCUGAAGCUCCGCUCCUCGGUGGCCCUCUGCAUCGCCGCCUACCAGGAGGACCCGGACUACCUGCGCAAAUGCCUCCACUCCGUCCUGCGCAUCUCCUUCCCGGGCCUCAAGGUGGUCAUGGUGGUGGACGGCAACCGGGAGGAAGACGCCUACAUGCUGGAGAUCUUCCGUGAGGUCAUGGGCUCCGAUCAAAUGGGCUGCUACGUCUGGAAGAGCAACUUCCACGCUCGGGGGAAAGGGGAAACGGAGAGCAGCCGGUGCCAAGCCAUGCACCACAUCCAGAGCCUCGUGCGCCGCAACACCUACUGCUGCAUCAUGCAGAAGUGGGGCGGGAAGCGGGAGGUGAUGUACACGGCCUUCCACGCCCUCGGGGAUUCUGUCGACUAUGUACAGGUGUGCGACUCUGACACAGUCCUGGACCCGGCCUGCACAGUGGAGAUGCUGCGGGUGCUGGAAGAGGAUCCUCGGGUCGGUGGCGUUGGCGGAGAUGUCCAGAUCCUCAACAAGUACGACUCGUGGCUCUCCUUCCUCAGCAGCGUGCGCUACUGGAUGGCCUUCAACGUGGAGCGGGCUUGCCAGUCCUACUUUGGCUGCGUCCAGUGCAUCAGCGGGCCCCUGGGCAUGUACCGCAACGCCUUGUUGCAGCAGUUCCUGGAAGACUGGUACCACCAGACCUUCCUGGGCAGCAAGUGCAGCUUCGGGGAUGACCGGCACCUCACCAACCGCGUCUUGAGCCUGGGCUAUCGGACAAAAUACACGGCCCGCUCCAAGUGCCUGACCGAGACGCCCACCCGGUACCUCCGGUGGCUCAACCAGCAGACGCGCUGGAGCAAGUCCUACUUCCGGGAGUGGCUGUACAACGCCCUCUGGUUCCACAAGCACCACCUCUGGAUGACCUACGAGUCGGUGGUGACGGGUUUCUUCCCCUUCUUCCUCAUCGCCACCGUCAUCCAGCUCUUCUACCGCGGCCGGGUGUGGAACAUCCUCCUUUUCCUGCUGACGGUCCAGCUGGUGGGCAUCAUCAAGGCCACCUACGCCUGCUUCCUGCGGGGCAACGCCGAGAUGAUCUUCAUGUCCCUCUACUCCCUCCUCUACAUGUCCAGCCUGCUGCCUGCCAAGAUCUUUGCCGUCGCCACCAUCACCAAAUCGGGCUGGGGCACCUCCGGACGCAAGACCGUCGUGGUCAACUUCAUCGGCCUCGUCCCCGUCUCCAUCUGGGUGGCGGUGCUGCUGGGCGGCCUGGCUUACACCGCCUACUGCCAGGAUCUUUUCACGGACACCGAGCUGGUCCUGCUCAUCUCGGGAGCCAUCUUGUAUGCUUGCUACUGGGUGGCGCUGCUCACCCUCUACCUGGCCAUUGUGGCCCGCCGGUGCAGCAAGCCCCAGGAGCGGUACAACCUGGCCUUCGCAGAGGUGUGACCACGAGCCGGAGGCUGAGGAUUGUGCGGGGUUGGGUGUGCGGAGGGCAAGUGCAAUAACCACAAGGGCAACGGGCAGCGUUUCCCACCCACCCAUCCUGGCAUCGUCGCAGGAGUUUAGGGGGAGCUGGCUCUUCCCUGCCGGGGCCGUGAGCUGCCUUUGAAAGAUUUGCCCAGGAAGCAGACCAGCAUGCUCAGAAGCCCGAGAGGCGGAAUCAGGGAAUGAAGCCAAGAUGUCCAUUUGGGGACCGUUCUGUGGGGCUCUGCUGCUUGUGGCUCUGGCCGAAUCCACUGGAUCUUGAGGGAGGUUUCCGUGGCUGUCCUGUCCCCCUCCAGUUCUGCGCCAAUGGCACUGCCACACAGGGAAGAACGCCCACAUGGCAAAGAUGACUUUCUCCGCCGUGUGCAGGAUAUAACCACCCUUGACAAAGAGGUGAGAGGGUAAGGGCCUUACUUAGAGCAAUAACUGCUGGAGGAAGCCCCUUAUCCUGGGAGCCCCUCCUGGUGGCCCCUCGCUCUCCCAAGACAGCUUGGAGGAACUGGUGAGAUUUUUCCUCCGUCCAGCGGGGAUAAGCAACCGGGACUGGCGCCAUGGGUGUGGGGACUGC